AUGACGCUUAGAGGCGGAAAUGACGCUGCCAUUGUUUUCCCAGACGUUGACGUCGCGUCGACCGCCACAGCAAUUGCCCAAACAUGUCUCUUCAACACGUCUCAGGUCUGUCUAACGAUCAAACGUAUUUAUGUUCAUACGGAUAUCUACCCUCAGUUUCUCCAAGCCUUCAGCGCGGUGGUCGAGUCCUCCAAGCCUAGUGACGGCUUUGCUGAAGGCGCUCUUCUGGGACCUAUCCAAAACGAAACACAGUUCAAGAAGAUCCAAAACAUGGUAUCGGAAGUAAGAUCGGCAAACUUCAAGAUAGUCUCCGGUAACGCAUCAUCUGCCGCGACUGGCAAGGGAUAUUUCGUUGCCCCCGUCGUGGUGGACAACCCGCCUGAUGAUGCACCCGGGGUCACUCAAGAGCCUUUUGGACCCAUUAUUCCGCUUCCCACCUGGUCGGACGAGGAAGAUGUCAUUCAGCGAGCCAAUGACAGCAAGCUUGGUCUUGGGGCAUCUGUGUGGACACAAGAUCUUGACCACGGAGCGAAGGUAGCCAGACGGGGAGCUGGUGUGAUUCUGCGCUAUGCAGGGAAGGCGGAGACGGGCGGUCGUGGUGGCGGGAUGGUGUUCCAGCUCUAUGUGCCCAAGGUGAAGAAAGACGCCGAAGGACUCAUCUUGAAGGCAAAGGAGCUCGGCUUCGACGCUUUGGCUGUCACGGUUGAUGCCCCGGUAAUUGGGAAGCGGGAUGUGGAUGAUCGCUUCAAGGCCUUACUGGAUUACGAGGCAGGCGUCGUCGCACAGGACAGCACGACACACCCUCCAUUCCCAGGAGAAGAGGCAGAGACACUCCGUGGCCACCACUGCUCUUCCUUUGAGUGGGGUGACAUUCCUUGGAUUCGAGGGCUCUGGGGCGACAGACCGAUCAUCUUGAAAGGCAUCCAAACGUGGGAAGAUGCGCUCGAGGCAACGAAGUACGGAGUUGAUGGUAUCUACCUGAGCAACCACGGCGGGAGGCAGCUCGACCACGCACCGAGCUCUGUCAGAGUUCUGCGUGAUAUUCGACUUCGUUGUCCUGAGUUGUUCAAAUCCUUCGACAUUUACGUUGACGGCGGCGUAAUGAGAGGCACAGAUGUAGUUAAGGCCCUCUGCUUGGGAGCCCGAGCGGUGGGUAUCGGGCGCGGGUUCAUGUACGCGCUUAGUGCCUAUGGCACGGAAGGUGUGCUCAAGGCCAUAUCGAUCUUGAGCGAUGAGAUACAGACCACCAUGAGACUGUUGGGAGUAACUGAUCUCGAGCAAUUAAACGAGAGCUACAUAGACCUCGACGACUUGGAGUCUUUGACUGGGAGACACCAGAAGGUUCUGUCUAAGAUCUAG